AACAUGACAUCUAUACAGACAGAAGAUGAAAUGACUCAGGGCUGGUUGAUUGUACUGUUUUAACAUGACAUCUAUAGAGACAGAAGAUGAAAUGACCCAGGGCUGGUUGAUUGGACUUUGUAAAUCCAUUUAAGAUCUUUGAAAUAUAUUGAGACUCGUGAUACCGUAAUACCUUGGCAUGUGAUUCGUCAACUUGCAUUUUACUGUUUAAAGCUGACAUGAAUUCGUGAAUAUACUAGAAUUCUCUAUCUCUGCUUAACCGACAUCUUAGCUGAGUAUGCUAUUAUAUAUCGGGUUUACAUGGCAUACAUGCACCGGUAUAAGGGGGUGAGCUUUACUAUGCUUCACUUCAAUGUUUACGAUUUACUUGUACGGAUAGCCCCGACAGGUACGCGUGCAUGUAUUGUAGAAGGAAAUAAAACCACGUUUUAAAAUUUCAUGUAGUGCUCAAAUUACGAUACAAGUUUCGUAAAUUAGUAAAACAUUCUAUAAUUUUCUUUAUAUACAUAUACGUGGACGCAUGCAUAUGCACUAAACAUGUCAAAAUUAUGAAAUAAAGGCGGAAAAAUCAAAUACCAAUUAAUCAUUUCUAGAGUGGAAUAAGCACAGUAUAUAUUUUUCAUAUUCAUAUUCACAUUCAGAUAUGCAUAGAUAGAAAUGAUAUACAUGGUAUGCUUGGAUCGAAAAUGCAUCGAAUUCGGACAAUUGUUUUUGCUAUCUAGUAGUUCUGUAACAAACCAGAGGUUUCAGUACUUUUUAAUGUAUCGAAAAAAAAAAAUUCCCUUUCUUAUAAAUCCAUGUACAAAAUGAUAAACUCAGUGCAUCUGCAUCCCUACAGUAAACACUUGGUCACUCCGUUAUACAGACUGUGGCAUACUUUGCCCGGGACCCGCGGGUGUGUUAAAACAAGGGAAGGAGGUCUCUGAACAUGGAUGUUGUAUUGUAUAAGUAAAGUAUAGGAGUAAAGUAGAGCUGUGUGUGUGUGUGUGGAAUUUAGAGCAAUGAGUAAUCCAGCAUCAUUAAAAUGAACCUUUUGUAUCUAAGAUUAUAAUUCAAAACAUCCCAUCCAAAAAAAAGAUCAUACCAUUCGCGCCAAGUGCAUGAAUGUACCUAUAUACAAUAAGUUGGUAUUGAGAUUACAAAAAUAUAAUCCACGAAAUUUCCAUGGUUGAUACACAUUCUUACACAUCAUUAUACAACCUCAUAUAAAAUAUUCAUUGAUGGAAUAUCUAUAGAAUUGUGCGGCGUUUGUAUAGUAUAUUUCAUCAUUUAUCUAAUUAUGUUUUACGAUGUGACCGUUGAGACGAGUGAAGACCCAUGACAUUAUGCAACACGAGUUCAUACAUUUACAAAAACAAAAAAAAAACAAAAAAAAUCCGCCCUAUUUUCAUUUAUCGCGGCAAACAUCACACAGUCGAAUGUAAACAGAGCAUUAUGACGUCAUAUCAGCUACGAUGUUGUUUUUCUUCCUUCCAAACCAAUCAAUAACAAAAUGUACGAAGGUAGGAGAAAUAUUGUCUGGAAUUUAGAAACGUUUGUGGUACUUUCUAAACAAUUUAUUUGUUUUAUUUACGGAGUUGUCGAUGAAGUAUACUGCAGUGACGGCGAUAUUUUUCCAGGAACAUUGUGGGUGGUCCCCAUCAUUUUUAGCAGAUGAAGAGCAAAUCACGUGACUCACAUGUGUAAUCAUUGGAGCGAGCUCAUCGCUUCUAUUAGACUGUAACACUGUUAAUCGCUUUUGAAACUGGCGCUAACAGCAACCUACUUGACUAUGACGAAAACAAGGUGCCAAUUAGUUUUAUGAUUAACAGAUAUGUAAUUAAGGUCUUCAUAAACUUUGGAAACUUUUGAAGAACUUUACACAAGGUGUGGGAAAUAACGCUCUAGAACACACCAGACACCUCCUUCGGAGCGAUGUCCAUCGUUUUAUCCCGAGUAUAUGACCAUUUACCACGACUCCAUGUUUCACGGAGAACCAAAGCGGGAGAACACAGCGCCUGGAACAAGAAUCGUUCACCAGCCCGUUCUUGAUGGUCGAAUGCGAAAUCGUCACUCCAGUAAUCUCGAACACAGGCAACGUCUGCAUUCUGAUAAUGAAGUCUCCCAGCUUGAAACGUCUCAUAACUUUCUACUGCCGCUCAGUAAACGAGAUUUCUACACGAGAAAGGACACGGCUCGUAAGAAUCUAUUAGGGUAUCUUUACACACGUCAACCUGUACUUCAUAGAAGUUACUCCUUCAUAGCUGGCGAGAAACCCAUUAACGAACCAGGUCUUCCUAAAAUCGCGUCUUUUUCUCGCGAAAAGACAAAUUUGGAUGUGAGUAAAUCCAAAACUCGAAGCAAUGAAAUGACUCAGCAUGAAAUGAACGUUCGUCAAGCGAAAGCUGGGAAAGUUCGUGAAUUUUUAAAAUCAGGAAGUACGAGAUCAGUCACUAGUGUAAGGAAGGAUGACGCGAGUCCCCAAAGAUCACGGACUAACAGCAACAAGAUGACUUUACCGGAUAUCAAUGAGGAUUUGAACAACAAUGAAAAAUAUGUGGAUGACGCGUACUCAGAUAAUGAAUCGUGGGACAAACCCCGAGGAGGGGACAAACUGCUUUCUUUUGUGCCAUCUAGGUUCGUUGGUCACGAAUUCAAAGUAUUCUCCUCAAAGCAUAGACCCAUAACGCCAAACUUAUUGAAAAAGUUAGAUAAAUUAAAGCUUCCUAAUCGAACACGAACGCAGGAAUGGGUCAAAAUGCUACCUUCAGAUACUAGAGCCCACAUAGGGGAAUCCCGUAUUAAUGCGCAGUAUGUCCCAGAAGAUCUAAAUGAAUAAUGUACGUGUAUCCAGUCAUUGCUCGAACUCGUUUAUUUGUUAUGAUUUUGAAAUGUCAUGAGAAAUGAGAACUAGAAAUAUAUUUAAUGCGUUAACGGCUGUUCUUCUAAACGAAAGAGCGUGUUACAGCAACAUCAUUUUGCAGUGUUGAAUGAUUUUUUUUUUAUUUCUUUGAAAAACCAUCGAUUUCUAUGUUCAAAUAUUGUUAAGAAAUUGAAAGCUUAGUUUCUCCACAGCCUAUUCCUAUUUUCGAAUAUGGUGACAUAAUACAUUAGAUUCUUUAGGAACAGGAUUUUAAAAAAAAAUGAAUACACAAAUAAACAGAAUAACAAAAUAGAAUUUAUGAAAUGUCAACUUUCAAUUUUUUUUUUUAGAUAAAAAAAAUAAAAAUAAUAGGCCGCAAAUGACCUUAGUUAUAAAUCACGUAAUUUAUAUGUAAAGUUUUGAUAUGAUAAUCAGUAUAAAUCAAGAUUUUAUUGCAGUCAACACAAGCGCGACUUUUUUUCUGAGCCCAGUCGGUUUUAAAGAAUAUAGAGUUCUGGUCAUGUUAAAAACAAUGGCGGAAAACGCACGUGUUAUUUGACGUUCUAAAUUGUAACUUCACGAUUCCUGAUAUCAUAAUGUUUAUCCUACCUCUUCAGUUGCACAUCUAUAUACACUUUUGUGAUUUAUGUUGUUAGAAUUGCAACCAGAACUGGAGUCAUAAUAGACACCGUUAAUAGACUUGUUUUCUGUGUAAUUCAUUCGACGCAGAAAAUAAACCGUGUAAAUGAUGACCCAUCAACCCCCACAAGUGUGUUUUGUAAAAUGUAAAUGGAUGGUAAUAAUCUAAUAAUAUGACAUGUAUUUGAAUGGAAAGAAUAUAAAAACAUGUUUUAUCA